CCCUUCCUUCCAUUAUAAGUCCUCCCAUGGAUUUCUCAGAAUAGUAACCAUAACAAGUCUUCUUACAAAAAAAAAAAACUAAUCGAAUUGAGUCGAAUUGUAGAGCAUGUCUGUUGGGAAGAGCUGUGAAACAAAGAGCGAGGGAUCCUCCGUGAAGCUCAGGCCCUUCAUCCGGAAGCUGCAGAGGGGUCUCCUGCUGAAUUUAUCCCCGGAGCGGAGCGAAACCAAGCAGCUCCCUGCACUGCCCGAUGAUGUCCCGGAAGGGCAUUUUGUUGUUCUUGCAACGGAGGGGGGAGAAGCGGAGAGGUUUGUUGUUGCACUGGGAUAUCUCACCGAACCGGCAUUUCUGCGGUUACUGGAGAAGGCUAAAGAGGAGUACAGGUUUGAGCAGAAGGGAGCUCUCACAGUCCCCUGUCGGCCCCAGGAGCUGCAGAGGAUCCUGCAACGCCGGAGGAGAAAGCUGGUAACUGCGCGGUGUGCGUGCCUUGUAAUGCUCCGAUAAUCGACAGUUUCUGAUGUGUACUCACAGUGAUAUGAAUAUAUUUGGUUAACUUAGUUUCCUCGUA